UGCAAACUUGCAUGACUGCUGAUAGCCGUAGAGUCUGUUUAUGAGAGUAAAAUUGGAAGCUCAAGUUUAGAAAGUGUCAAAUGUACGACAAAAACAGAAAAGAAGUUCAUGAGUGCCGUGUUUGCAUGUCAUGUGUUAUCUCUUUGUUGGGGUUGCUACAGUUGAACCAUGCGUCACCCAACAGAAAGUAAAAGUGAAAGUGAACCAGCUCACUGAAACAGUAAGCUAACUGUCGACUGUGAGGGGAAAUACACGGAUCCGCUUAAACUUCCUGCAGUCUCAUUGUCCAGCAAAGGAAAAUGAAUCAAGUGUCAGCAUGUGGAUUAUUCAUUAUUCUGUUCGACGCUGUGCUUUGUUUGGCACUGUGGGCCGGACUGGUGCUGCUGAAGUGCUCCAGUUGUGGUGGACUGGCAGGUGUGUGGGCCUUUGGGGCAGCAAAGUGGGUCAUUCUCCAUGUUUUCACAUCUGUACUGACGGAUGGGAAGCCCCAGGCUGUGCUCCGCAGGUUCGUGGCACUCCUCUGCCUUCUCUCUCCUGUGUUUGAAAGCGGACGGAUCUUUAUGGCGCCUCCCUCAGAGGGGUACACAGGACCAUCUCCUAACCUCAGCAUGCUGCUCCUGGGCCUCAUGUCCUCGUCGCUGGCCUGUGUGUUUUGGGAAAACCUCUGUGGUGAUUCAACGAAGAAAAAGGACAACACUAAGCAGGAUGCCUGGCCGCUGCUUGUGAGGAUGCUGAAAUACUUCAAACCAGACACCCUUUACCUUAUUGCAGCUUUCGGUUUCCUCAUCUUAGGUGUCAUCUGUGAUACAUACAUCCCAUUGUAUCAGGGGUACGUCAUUGAUAUGCUCAGAGGUGAACUACUUCAAACCAGCUUCUGUUAUGCAGUUGGACAGCUGGCACUUGUCUCUCUUGGAAGCGCUCUGUUCUCCAGCUUUAGAGGAGGCAUAUUUAUGUACACCCUGACCAGACUGAACAAGAGACUGAAACAUCUGCUGUUUCACACCCUCCUGCAGCAGGAAGUGCACUUCUUUGAGGAGAACAAACCUGGACGUCUUUCCUCCCGCCUGCACUCGGAUGUGGACAGGAUGGGCCGUACAGUUGCAAUGAACGCCAACGUGCUGGUCCGCAGCACAGUCAAAACCUGCCUCAUGCUCACAGUGAUGCUACGCCUGUCCUGGGAGCUCACUGUGCUCACCUGCAUAGAGAUGCCACUCUUGGCCAUCCUGCAGAACAAAUACAGCACCUUGUCCAAGGAGCUGAAAGAUCAGAUGCAGGACUGCCAAGCUCAGAACAAAGACCUGGCCACCCAGACCUUAAGCGGGAUUCACACGGUCCGAAGCUUUAAGGGAGAGAAAGAUGAACUGAGAAGGUUUAAGGAGUCUCUGGACCGCAUGUGCGCUGUGCAGAGACGUUCAAGUAUCUACAGCGCAGUCUUCUGCUUAAUACGCAGGCUGGUGACUGUGGGGAUAAAGAUACUGAUGCUGGUCCAGGCCCGCGGGCUCAUCUCGUCGGGUCACCUCAGCAUCGGUAGUCUCGUCUCUUUCUUCUUGUACCAGAAGCCCAUGUCAAACAAUUUAAAGGAGCUUAUGUAUUGCUGCGGAGAUACGAUGUCCACAGUCGGAGUCAUCUCCAAAGUGUUCAGUUAUCUUGACAGAACACCAAAGUGUAAGAAGGCGGGAGAGUUAGCUCCUGAGAAGCUGGAGGGAAGAAUUGUUUUCCAAAAUGUCACCUUCACGUAUCCCUCCUCUUCUGAAGAUAAACCAGCUCUGAAGUCGGUUUCUAUAGAACUUCGGCCAGGACAGAUGACCGCCCUGGUGGGUCCCUCUGGCAGUGGGAAGACUUCCUGCGUCAGCCUCCUGAAGAGGCUGUAUGAACCUCAGGAGGGACAGAUCCUGCUGGACGGAGAACCGCUGCACCAUUACGAACCCAAAUACCUUCAUCAAAAGAUGGCCCUGGUAUCCCAGAAUCCCGUGCUGUUUUCUGGUUCGCUGAAAUACAACAUUGCGUACGGCCUGAAGGACUGCCCCAUUGAGAAGGUGAAGGAAGCUGCAAAGAAAGCCAACGCAGAUGACUUCAUCUCUAAACUGGAGAAGGAAUAUGAAACAGAUAUCGGUGAAUGUGGUGGCAAACUUUCAGACGGACAGAGGCAGUGCAUCGCCGUCGUCAGAGCUCUGGUUCGAGAGCCGCAGGUCAUCAUACUGGAUGAGGCAACCAGCAAACUGGAUGUUGAAGUGCACCACGCUGUGCUGCAGGAGGUUCUGGCUCGUGGGCGGACCGUCCUGUUGGUGACUCAUCAGCUGAAGACUGCGGAGAAGGCGGAUCACAUCAUCUUCAUGGAGAAGGGAGCAGUCGCGGAGGAGGGGACGCACCAAGAGCUCAUGGCCAAGAGAGAACGCUACUAUCGUCUGAAAGAGGAACUGUUCUCUAAACUCAUCUGAGAAGAGUUUCUACAUGAAUGUUAGAUGCAACAAGUGAUUUGAAAUAUUCAGCCCAACCUGGUAAUCCGCCUGUUUUUCAUCUAGAAAAGAUUUGUCAGUCGAAUCAUCUGCGGUAGGAAGGAUGUGGUGUGUUCUGCAUGUUUUGAUGUCGUCACACACAGACAUAGGUGACUUUAGAAAGAACUGAAACUCUAACGCUCUAGUGAUCUGAGACAUUAUCAGUAUUGUUUUAUAAGGCAGUUUUGUAUUUUGUAGUAUUUCAAGGUGUGCUAGUUAAACUCUAGCUGAAAAGCAAACACUGUGACCACGAGUGAUAAUUAUCGCAUAAUACUAAAUCAUAGUAGAACAAUCAGUAAUAUCCGCUACACAGCAAUGUAUCUCUAAAUGUUGCUACAGCUAGCUACUUCUCAUACCAAACCAUGUAAGACUGAAGCAUAACGCAGAACCAUCGAGUGUAUCUAAUUAAACCAGGCUUUGCUUUUCUUCA